GCACUAAUGCUCAACUUCUUGCAAGUUACUAUAAUUUCCACUUCUUUUAGAGCAAGAGGGGAAGAAAGUUGAGCAAAAACUUCACAGUAUCUUCUUAGAACUCAUUUAGAUUAGUAUGGGUAUGUGUAUAUCAGGUCCAUCUCCACAGAUCCAAAAGAUAAAUGAAAAUGAAAAAAAUGUAUUGAUCAUUGAAGAUAAUAAUUCUAAUACAUCUCAUAAAGUAUCAAAUACAUUGGUUUCUGUUUAUUCUCAACAAGGUACCAAUGAAGUAAACCAAGAUUCUGCACUCUUUUACAAGAAAUUUGGCAAGGGAGGAGGGCAAUUCUUUGGAGUAUUUGAUGGGCAUGGAGUAAAUGGUCAUAAAGUGAGUAGAUUAGUAAUAAAUAGAUUACCAAAGCUCUUGUUAGAGCAAGAGGGUUACAGAAUGUUUGAAGGUGAGAGUGAAUUAGUAAGUACUUACAUGCCCAACGAAUGGAGAAGAGAAUGUGUUGGUGCAUUCAAGGUUAUGGAUAGGGAACUUAAGCUUCAGAAGGACUUCGAUUGUUCAUGCAGUGGAACUACUGCAGUUACCUUACUAAAGCAGGAUCAAGAUCUUUUAAUAGCUAAUCUUGGAGAUUCAAGGGCAAUAAUGGGAACCCUUUCAGAGAAUGGUGAGCUGAAAGCUGUACAAUUAACUGUUGAUCAGAAACCUGACUUGCCAAAAGAAGCAGAAAGAAUAAGAAAAUGCGGGGGAAGGACCAUCCCAAAUAAGGAUGAACCAAAUGUUCAUCGUGUUUGGUCAGCCUCCGCGGAGUACAUGAGCCUUGCCAUGACACGAGCUUUUGGAGACUUCUAUCUCAAGGAUUACGGCGUAAUUGCAAUCCCUCAGAUAACACACCAGCGUUUAACCAUAGAAGAUCAGUUUCUUGUUCUUGCAACUGAUGGAGUGUGGGAUGUCCUUAGUAACGAGGAGGUUUCAUCAAUUAUAUGGGCAGUGGAGAACAAGGAAGAGGCAGCACAAACAAUUGUAGAAGCCGCAACUGUAGCAUGGAAACGUUAUUACCCUUCUUCGAAAGUGGAUGACAUCACCGUUGUGUGCUUGUUCUUGCAAGAGACCGAGAAAGAAACGACACUUACAACAGAAGAAGAAACCUUAUCAAGACUUUAUCAACCACACCAACAGCAGAAGAAGGUUUCUUUUUCUGAAAAUGAGGAUAUAACUGAAGAAGAAACCUAA